CUGCAUGCAGCUUGGACAUCCAGCGCUCCUUAUGCAAGAACACACCAAGUUGUGGACUGAAGCAAUGAGGAUCCUCCACCAGCAGAUGAAAUGAAAUCAAUAGAUUAUGCUAAUGUUCCAGAGCUGGAAGCCUUCUAUACAUCCCACUCAAAGACAGUAUGACGAGUAAACUAGCGGACAAGAAGGAGCAGAUGAUACCAUGAAGAGUAGGUCACAGGCCCUUUGUUGCCAUCUGUUAAGUGUUCUACUUGUUUUGGCACAAGCGGAUAAAAAAGUAUUUGCAGUUGAGGAACAGCAUCCAACCUUACCAUCUUACCAAAACCUGAAGGAAAUGACUACAAAUGCAGAAAUGGUGACACCGGAUGUUCCUUUUAAUCCUGUCCGGAAGGCUACAAGAUCUGGCAAUAGGCAGUCUGUGAAAUCUUCAGACUCAGUGUCUCCACUUCGCAACAAAGCUGUUAAAAACAAUACCAGACAAACAGCCACACCGUUUUUCAAUGUUCAGGGUGUUACACAUUCAGGAAAUGUGCAGAAACCAUUUGGAAAUGUGACAGAUGGGUUUUUUGGGUCUACAGAACCUUACCUCCAACCUGAGCUUCUUUCAAGAUUUCCAUUGAGGACUACAGCUAUGACUGACCAUACUAGCACUUUUCUUGCAUUUCUUAAAGACUCUUUACUCCAUGCUGGCACUUUGCAAAGCCUUUCUUCUGAGAGUUCACCUACCCUUGCCAGUGAAAUGUCUAAGAACACUGAAUCAGUGUCUGUGCCUUUCAAACCCACUCAUUACAAACUAUGGGACGUGUUAAAUCGCAAUGGUUCCUUGUUCUCCAUUAGACGAGGGAAGAAUGGAACUUCCCCAGCCAUUACAAGAAUGACUACAUUACCCACAUCUCUGCAGACUUCUCUGGAUACUAAAAGCACCAUAUCUGUGAUAGAAAGCAACAAGGAAACUGUCAUCAAGCCUCAUGCAGUAUCAGAACAAACUACCAAAUUAGAUUACACUGUGCCAACUGAUGCCACCACAAAGAAUUCCAUAACUAUGUCUACAACUGGAUCCACGGCUACUGGGAAUUUCCUCAACAGGCUGGUACCUGCUGGAACUUGGAAACCUGGUUCUCCUGGAAAUAUUUCACAUGUUACAGAGGAGGGCACUCAACCUGCACACAGAGAAACUAUUUGCCUAAGCAAAGUGGAUAUUGCCUGGAUAUUCUUGGCCAUUAGCGUACCAAUAUCAUCAUGUUCUGUUUUAUUAACUGUAUGCUGCAUGAGGCGGAAGAAAAAGGCCUCCAACCCUGAGAAUAACUUAAGUUACUGGAAUAAUGCAAUAACCAUGGACUACUUCAACAAGCAUGCUGUGGAGUUACCAAGAGAGAUCCAGUCUCUGGAAACAUCAGAGGACCAUCUCUCAGAGCCUCGCUCCCCAGCUAAUGGCGACUACCGAAGCAGUGGCAUGGUCCUUGUCAACCCGUUUUGUCAGGAAACACUUUUUUCGGGCCAUCAACAUGUUUCUGAAAUAUGAUGACCACUGACAUGUUCAGUACCGUACUUUCCAUCUAGUUCCAGACAUGAACAGCCCUGAAUAAAAAGGACAGCUGGACAUUAAUGGUGGAAGCUCUGUCUCUUAAUUUGCUGUAGAAACUGGAUAACAGACAAUUUAAACUUUAGUUGAUUUUAGUUGACCGUCAUCCCUCCAGAAGCACCCCAAUGGCAGAUUUAAGUAUCUACAUACACCUAUAUAAUAUAAAUAUGCUUUGUGUACCUCCCUCUUCUCCUCCAAUGACUGUUUUCAGCUGGUUUUCCUAAGAAUUGUCAUCUUUUUACAAUUGUGGUAAAACUUUACAGAACAAUCUGUGGCUUUAUAA